AUGGCCUCCUCACAAUCACUCGCCAUGGAUCCUCACGAUCCAUAUGGCACCAAAUCCGCUGAUGUGCCCAAGGGCAGGAAACGCUUCAUCCCACUCGAGAACAACCCGGAAGUCAUGUCCUCCCUCCUCCACAAACUCGGCCUCUCGCCCUCACUACAAUUCCACGAUGUCUUCAGCAUAGACGAUCCGGAUCUCCUUGCGUUCGUCCCACGGCCAGCGCACGCUUUACUCCUCGUCUUCCCCGUCAGCCAGACUUAUGAGAGGUUCCGUCAUGAAGAGGAUAAGGAGAAGAUGGAGUAUCAGGGUAGCGGGGAGGGGGAGCAGGUAGUGUGGUAUAAACAGACUAUCGGCAAUGCGUGUGGGCUUAUCGGACUGCUACAUGGUGUUUCCAAUGGAGCAGCGAGGAGGCAGAUUAAGGAGGGAAGCGAUCUCGACAUUCUGGUGAAGAAAGCAGUGCAACUUGACCCACGUCAAAGGGCGACGCUACUUGAGGAGACCCCAGCCCUAGAGACGGCGCAUCAGGAAGCCGCGAGUAAAGGCGAUACAGCGGCUCCUGAGGCGGAGAGCGAUGUCGAUUUGCAUUACGUGUGUUUUGUGAAGGACGAGAGGAAUAGUCAUUUGUGGGAGAUGGAUGGUAGGAGGAAGGGACCGCUGGAUAGAGGGUUGUUGGGGAGGGAGGAGGAUGUGAUGAGUGAGAGGGCUUUGGAACUGGGUGUCAGGGCUUUUUUGAAGAGGGAGGAGGCUGCGGGUGGUGGGGAGUUGAGAUUUAGUUUGAUUGUGCUUGCUGAGGGUUUUGAGUGA